UUGAAAGUCCCUUCAAAGUAUUUUUUUCUUUCUCAGGCGGGACUUCAUAAAGUCUACAUUGCUUCGGAGAAUAAGAGCGUGGUUGCACUCUCUGACACAGAACCAUUCUGUACCGCAUCGGUAGUGACUGAAGAAUUCCUCAUUACUACAAUGCAUUGUCUGAUGGGUCUCGGUCAGCCAGCACCCGCUAUUCUUCCAAAAAAUAUAUGGUUCGCACCAGAAAAAUUCGUUCCUUACAAUAUUUUCAUCAAAGUGGGAAAUCAUUACAAGAGUGAACUCGCCGAUGAGUAUAGAGAGGUGCACCUAGUUGAAGCGGCCUAUGUUUUUACAGAAGGCCUUAACUACCCAAUGGCAGAUAUUGCACUUUUAAAAAAUCUUGAUAGCUAA